AGUGAUCUAACUCGACAAGUUAAUUAAUUUUAAAGUGAUUGACAAUACUAACCACCACAGAUACCAUAGCAACACCUUAGCAACCACCUAGCAACCACUUAGCAAAACAAAUAGCAAUCACCACAGAUACCAUUUGACAUUUGCACAGAUGAUUUUAAUCGCCAUUAAUGGCUUAAAUAUAGAUUUUCUAUUUUUGUUCCUAGAAGAUGGUAGUCUUUCAUGUCAGCUGUUCCAAAUGAGUACAGUGUGUGAAAAUAAUAAUUUAAUUAUUUUAUUAUUUGUUUUUGCAAUGAAGAAAAUGGUAUCAAAAAAAGUAUUAUUGGGAAUCAAAAAUCAUACCCAGCCCUAUAUGGAGGACGAAAAAUGACAUAAGUAUGCAUAAAUAAAUAUGUAAAUAAAUACACAAACAAUUGUGUAGAUAAUUAAAAUAAUAAAUACGUUUAUUUAUUUAUAUAUUUAUUAACGACAGUAUAUCUAUGUUUUAGUAGUUUGUAUUGUUAAAACUGCAUGUGUACAGGACAUACAGAUAAUUGAAAUUACGUUACUCUCCUUCCCAAUUUUACAGCAAGUACAGAGAAUAGAUAUUGAAGGGUGUGAUAAUAUAAAAGAAUGGGAGACACUAUAUUUACAAUACAAAAAGGACACAAAUAGACAUACGUGAGACAGAAAACAAUAGUGCAAUAGUAAUAGUGCAAAUAUAAUUAUAUAUUUAAUUAUUUAUGCGUGUUUUUAUUUAUCUAUAUAGUUAUUUAUGUAUUCGUUUAUAUGUGCACUUAUUUAUUUAUACGUAGGUAACUGUUCGUCCUCCGUAGCUCUAGUCUCAAUACAGGUGUGUUUUUGAAGCUGAAGCUGAUCACGUGCUUCCACUGUAGCUCCUCCUCCGUCCAGAGAGUGGCGCUGUUGUUGUAGUGAAAGUGUAAUAAUGUGUAGAAGAAGGGUUGUGUUGUUAUUGAUCGGCUGUUCUUCAGGUUCUGCAGGUUUUAUUCUGGGUUUAUAAGGAGCUGGAGAGGAGAAUCAGGAGCUGCUCUCUUUAAUAAAGAAAUGAACAGUUGGAAGUCUGGAAGCUGUUCUGCUCCUACAGUUUACGCUCCUGCACAGUCUAAAUUCAUCUCCGAAUAAACAAAAAAAAAACUAGGCCAUAGCAUAUAGUUAAUCAAUACUGAAAAAAAGACAUGGUGUCCAGAAGAAUCUCUGGAACUCAACAGAAGUCUUCUGAUGACAUUUAUACAUCUCCAAAAACAACGCAGAAAGCAAAUACAAAUACGACAGACAGCAAGCGCUGCUUAGAAUGUGGGAAGACUUUUACAAGGUUGAGUUAUCUCCAGAUACACCAGCUCCUUCACACUGGAGAGAAGCCUCAUCACUGCUCUGAGUGCGGGAAGAGUUUCAGAUGUGGAAGUCAGUUAACAACACACCAGCGCAUCCACACUGGAGAGAAGCCUUACGACUGCCCUGAGUGCGGGAAGAGUUUCAGACAUGGGAGUACCUUAAAAAAACAUCUUCUCUGUCACACCGGAGAGAAACCGUACAAGUGUGAAGAGUGUGGAAAACAAUAUUCACAACUCAGUUCCCUCCAGAAACACCAGCUGGUUCACUUUCCACAGGAACCCUGUAAAUGUUCGUUUUGUGGAAAGAGUUUUCAUCACAGGUCUAAUCUCAAGAGCCACCAGAAAAUCCACACUGAGGAAAAACCGUAUCGCUGCUCGGAGUGCGGGAAGACGUUCGCCCAGAUGUCUUAUCUAAGAAUCCACCAGCGCCAUCACAAAGAAGUGAAGCCUCAUGUCUGCUCAGAGUGCGGGAAGGGUUUCACACAUCUGCGUAACCUCCAGGUUCACCAGCGCAUUCACACCGGAGAGAAACCGUAUCCCUGCUCGGACUGCGGGAAGAGUUUCGCAGGUCAAAGUAGCCUAAACACGCACCAGCGCAUUCACACAGGAAAGAAGCCCCACAGGUGCUCAAAGUGCGGGAAGAGAUUCAAGUUUCACUGCGACCUCCAGGAACACCAGCUCGUUCACUCGGAACAGAAACCCUACACCUGUUCCUACUGCGGCAAGAGUUUUGCCCAAGAAGCUUAUCUCCAAAAGCACCGGCGCAUUCACACCGGAGAGAAACUGUAUUACUGCUCAGAGUGCGACAAGAAAUGCACGACUUUAGGCGCCCUGAAAGCACACCAGCGCGCUCACACCGGCGAGAAACCAUUUCACUGCUCAGUUUGCGGGAAGAGUUUCAUGUGGAGUGGAUCCAUCGAGAGGCACCAGCGCAUUCACACUGGAGAAAAGCCCUAUCGCUGCUCUGAGUGUGGGAAGAACUUCCGAGGAUUGAGCGACCUGUCGAUUCACCGUCUCGUUCACACGGAACUGAAGCCCUUUACCUGCUCAGACUGUGGGAGGAGCUUUAAAUUGGCGUAUGCCCUCAAAGAACACCAGCGCGUUCACACUGGAGAGAAACCGUUUUGCUGCUCAGUGUGUGGAACAGGUUUCCGCCAGAGCGGUAAUCUCACAAGACACCAGAGAAUUCACGAUCGAGAGAAGCUGGACGUGGACGAUGGCUCAGAUCUGCCAGACAUCCAGACAUAAUCAAUGUUGAUAAUUAUAGUUUACAGCCAAUGAAAACCCAAAAAUCAGUGUCUCCAAUAAUUAGAAUAUUAUAUAAGACCAAUUGGCCAAUUUACUUUUGAUAUGCAGUGUGGGCAGUGUGCCAAGUCCUGCUGGAAAAUGAAAUCCACAUCUUUAUAAAAGUUCAGCAGAGGGAAGCUGUAAGAUAUGAAGUGCUGUAAGAUUUUGUGGGAAAACAAAACUGCACUGACUUUAGACUUGAUAAUAAAACACAGUGGAUCAACACCAGCAGAUGACAUGUCUCUCCAAACCAUCACUGAUCAUCAGUAAAUUUUACAUUUCAUUUAUAAAUCAAAGGAAGCAGAGUCUGGAGGAAGAGUGGAGAGACACACAGUCCAAACUGCUCGAGGUCUAGUGUGAAGUUUCCAUCAAUCAGUGAUGGUUUGGAGAGUCAUGUCUGUCAUCUGCUGGUGUUGAUCCACUGUGUUUUUAUUAUCAAGUCUAAAGUCAGUGCAGUUUUGUUUUUCCCACAAAAUCUUAAUGCUUCCUCUCUCUACUGAAAACUACUUUUAUAGAGAUGCAGAUUUUAUUUUCCAGCAGGACUUGGCACACUGCCAAAAGUACCAGUUGGUCAUAAUCCUCAUCAGCAAAAAAAAAUAAUUAUAUAAUAUAUAUUUUAUAUAAUAUAUAUACACAAACAUUCAUAACAUCAAUUGCAGCACUGAGCAAUUUACUUUCACUCUGUCCAAGACCUAAUCCUGAGUCCCAGUAAAUCUGGGAUCCUCAGAUUUCACGGUGACCUUCAGCAGGAAGAACCCAGUAAGACGAAGGCAAAUGGGUCCAUGAAAUUGGCUGCAACACAAGCCAAACGCUUGAUCAAUCAACGCUUGUUGGUUUUCUUUUCAUAAAAAUUCUUUAUAAAAAUUCUGCACCCAUAACUCCAAUACCUUUAAUUUUAUAAAAAUUGAAUUAAAUUUUCUAGCAGAUUUACAAUUUAUGAAGUGAUGUUGGGAUUGAAGUAAUAGAUUUUUCAAGUUUAAGCACCAAUAAAUAUUUUACCUAAAAAAUUAACCCUGUGUUAAUUUCAGAAAAACUCAGAAAAUAAAAGAUCCUUUUCUAGAAACGUGUUGCAGAUGAGGACCUACAAGUUGGUCAUAUCGGACAUGUCUGUUCUGAGAUAGAAACACACACUGAGAUCCUGGAUCUGUAACUGGAUGGUGUCCAAUUAAGACUUUGCUCCAGAGAGAUAGAAGAGGUAAUGUAAAAAGGGGAAAAUUUUAUUAGUGUUGAUACAACACUAUCAAAACAGACCAUUUUUAUUACAAAAUAAUAUUUUUUAUUCCAAAACAAAGUACUAAACUGCCAUGUAAUUGAUUUUAAAUAUGCAUCUUGUCUUAAAUAACCACAUAAAAAUAUCACACAACAACAAUUCUGUGAUUAAUCAUAAUAAAGAUUAUGAAUCUUUUUUUUUUUAAUCCUGGUAUUUCUCUGUGUGUUUUUUAUUUAUUACAGGGAGUCAGUAAUAAUAGUAUAGUGUGGUUUAUUAGGCCUGGGAGACACCCGAGAGCCUUCAUUAACGCGACAGUUUGAGAAUUAUCAGUGCGCACUUAAUAAUCUCAUUCCCAUGCCUUAAUAAGUCGUGGCCAUUAAUUAUUUUUUUAAACAUGAUGUCAACAUAUGGGCUCCGUACAUUCUCGCCAACUAAAAAAAAAAAUUUUAUAUAUAUAUAUAUAUAUAUAUAUAUAUAUAUAUAUAUAUAUAUAUAUAUAUAUAUAUAUAUAUAUGUAUCAAGCACCUUUUCUUUCUUAUUACUAAGCUAACUGCUAUCUCAUUAUUUUGAGAUAGUUGGUUAUUAUUUUGAUAUAUGAAUUCAUUAUUUUGUGAGCAGUUUACUUAAUAAUAAGAAAAAAUGUGUUUUUUUUUUUAGGUGGCGAGAAUGGGCUUCCAUACAGAUCACAGGAUCACAGGAAAUCCCUUAUAAUAAUAAUUCUAAUAAAACAAGAAAGUUCUAUAAACUGUUUACUACAGUGCUCCUCUUUUCUAUUUAUUUAUUUUUGUAUACAUUUUUGUAUAUAAUACAAUUCAACAACAUAAAAUAAUGAAAUAGACACAAUAUUGGGUCAAAUUCACAACACGUACAACCAAUAUCACAAGUAUACCAAAAUAAAAACAAACCUAAACAAACAGAAAAAAAGAAAAGUUUGUUUCAAAUAAAAUUAAAAAGCUUCAAAAUAUCAAUGGAUUUAUAACAUUUCUUAUUCUUUAUUUGUCAAAAAAUGGCCAGUGUGUGUAUAUAAUUAUAUAAGUGUAUAUAAGUUAUUUAAUUAUAUAAUUUCUUAUAAAUAUCUCCUGCUGCACUACAGUGUUCCUCCCACAAAAUAUAAAUACCGCAUUCAGCAGGGCUGCAGGACUUUUAUUUUGACAGCUUCUUCAUUCUCACAGCGCUGCAGGGCUUUUAUUUUGACAGCUGCCGCGUUUUAAUAGCGCCGCGGUUUUCUGGUAGCUUCAGGUGGCGCAGCAGGAACUUCUGAAGGAAAAACCCGUAUCUCCAGUUUUACAGAAACGAGUGCUUUCAAGUUUCAGGACUUCUCCUGCUCUUAGCGUCCGGUUUCCAGCCUUGUUUAAAUGUAGAUUUAUAAAUUCCAGAAUAUUUUGCAAACAGAUUGAGCUGCUGAAGAUGGGGAAGAAAGUGGCAUCCAAAAAAAACUCCAAAAAGCGAACGUCCUCUACAACAAAACGCACACAAACGAAAAAAAGUCCAGACAAGAAGAAAACUUACCGAUGUUCAGACUGCGGGAAGAGUUUUGCUUCUAAGAGUGGUCUUUACAAACAUCGGAAAGUUCACGCAGAAGAGAAACCGUAUCACUGUUUUGACUGUGGGAAGAGUUAUAUUUCUAAGAGUGGUCUUUACAAACAUCGGCACGUUCACGCAAAAGAGAAACUGUAUCAGUGUUCAGACUGUCGGAAGAGUUUUGCUUCUAAGAGUGAUCUUUACAAACAUCGGCACGUUCAUGCAGAAGAGAAACCGUAUCUCUGUACAGACUGUCCGAAGAGUUUUGCUUCUAAGAGUGGUCUUUACAAACAUCGGCACGUUCACGCAGAAGAGAAACCAUAUCACUGUUCAGACUGUGGGAAGAGUUAUAAGCAGCAGAUUCAUUUCAGGAAACACCUGAGCGUUCACACUGGACAGAAACCGUUUCACUGCGCCGACUGUAGGAUGAGUUUUACUACUCAGAGAAAUCUACAUAUGCACCAGUUAGUUCACAGAGAUACACCGUUUUACUGCCCAACGUGUGGAAAGACUUUUAAUUUUCUGUCAAAUCUACAAUCCCAUCUGCGCAUUCACACUGGAGAGAAACCGUAUCAGUGCUCAGACUGUGGGAGGAGAUUUGCUCAUCACCACACCCUCCAAAUGCACCGGCGCAUUCACACCGGAGAGAAACCGUAUUACUGCCUGGACUGUGGGGUGAAUUUCGCUCAUCACGGUACUCUACGCCAGCACCAGCGCGUUCACCGCGGAGAGAGACCGUAUAACUGCUCAGACUGCGGGAAGAAUUUUACUCAGCAGUCUCAUCUCAAAACUCACCGGCGCGUUCACACUGGAGAGAAACCGUAUCAGUGCCCGGACUGCGGGAAGAGAUUUAAUCAAACGAGUCACCUCAAAGUGCACAAGCGCAUUCACACCGGAGCGAAACCGUAUCGCUGCCCGGACUGCGGGAAGAGAUUUAAUAACCACAGUUCUCUCAUCGUACACCUCCGCAUUCACACUGGAGAGAAACCGUAUGAGUGCUCAUUCUGCGACAAGACGUUUAAUCAGUCGAGUUCUCUCAGAAUUCACCACCGCCUUCACACAGGAGUAAAACCAUAUCACUGCUUUGCGUGCGAGAGGAGCUUCAGUAAUUCAAGUUCGUUUAAGAGACACACGUGCAUUAAGAAGUCAACGAAAACGUGACUCCUCUAAACCAGGGGUUCAAAACCCUAGAAUAUAUAUAUAUAUAUAUAU